AUGAAAUUGUACGCGCUGAGUGGCGAUCCGGCAAAACCGUGCUAUGUGCUCAGCUACAAGGGUUUGAUGAUAAUGCUGGAUUGUGGACUUUCGAUAAAUUCGGUGUUGAAUUUUCUACCGUUGCCGUUGGUGCAAAGUCCCAAGUUUCAGUGUUUACCUAACUGGAACUGUCGAGACUCCGAUAUACAGCUGGAAGAUGGGGAAAUAAAAGAAUGCUGCGGUUGUGCGUUCGUCAAUUCUGCUCCGGAGUUUGUGCCACCAUUGGAAAAGUUGAUCGAUUUCUCCGAGAUCGAUGUGAUUCUGAUCUCGAACUACACGAACAUGCUUGCGCUGCCGUACAUUACCGAAGGAACGGGGUUCUGUGGAACGGUUUACGCCACCGAACCAACGCUACAGAUUGGUCGAUUUUUCCUCGAAGAAUUGGUCGAAUAUAUCGAGGCAUCGCCGAAAGAAACCACCGCUAGAAUUUGGAAGGAGAUUCAGCAUCAAUUGCCGGUACCAUUGAACGAUGUUUUUAAGCCCAAGAACUGGCGACACCUCUUUAGCAUGGAUGCGGUCAAUCGGAGUUUGGCACGUGUGCGGAUGACUGGGUACGAUCAGAAGCUGGACAUAUUCGGUGCACUGCAGGUGACACCGAUUAGCUCCGGGUUUUGUCUUGGAUCCAGCAACUGGACGAUCGUGUCGGGACAGGAGAAAAUUUCCUACAUUAGCGGUUCGUCUACGCUUACCACACAUCCGCGCCCUAUCAAUCAGACUGCGUUGAAAUACUCGGAUGUGGUAAUUAUGACAGGGCUGACACAGGCACCGCACGUCAAUCCGGAUGCAAUGUUGGGCGAGUUGUGCAUGAACGUGAUGAUGACGCUACGGAAUGGUGGUUCGGUGCUGAUACCGUGCUACCCGUCCGGCGUCGUGUACGAUUUGUUCGAGUGUCUUUCGGUCAGUUUGGACAACCAAGGUUUCACGCAAAUACCGAUGUUUUUCAUCUCGCCCGUCGCGGAUAGCUCGUUGGCUUACUCGAACAUCUUGGCCGAGUGGCUCUCUACGUCCAAGCAGAACAAAGUCUACAUUCCGGAUGAACCGUUUCCACACGCGAGCCUGGUGAAGAAUGCAAAACUGAAGCACUUUAAGCACAUCGACUCGGAGGGUUUUAGCACCGAGUUUCGACAGCCGUGUGUGGUGUUUUGUGGCCAUCCGAGUCUGCGGUUUGGCGAUGCGGUGCACUUUGUAGAGCUGUGGGGCUCGAACCCGCUGCAUACCAUCAUCUUUACGGAACCGGACUUUCCACAUAUGCAAGCACUCGCACCGUACCAACCGUUGGCCAUCAAGACCGUGUACUGUCCGAUAGAAACGUCUCUAAACUUCCAGCAAGCGAACAAGUUGAUAAAGGAACUGAAACCAGGUGUGCUGGUAAUACCGGAAAACUACACCCAACCACCGGCCAUAGCACCACAGAAGUUGGAUCUCGUGAUUGAUCCAAUUCCGGACAAGAUGAUCAUAAAGUUUAAGCGGGGCGAGGUGAUUAAGUUACCGCUGAAGCGAAAGCGCGGCCGAGUAUACUUAAACCCCAAAAUGGCUAAGGCAAUAGUACCGCAGGAGGUGCAACCCGGUGUCACCGUUUCAACCGUGACCGGGGUGCUGCAGGUAAAGGACAACAUACACGAUCUGCUGCCCCUCGAACCGACCAAGGAGGAACUUGCCGAGGAACACAAAUCGAAACCUAGCGGCCCACCGCAACCGUACAGUCAGUUGCGAACCGUUCGUUACGAAUGGGGAACGCUGGACAUUAACCUGUUGCUGAAAAAGCUGGCACAGGAUGGUUUUACGGAUCUGAAGGUAGAGCAGGGUAGUGCUGAAGAGGUGACGCUCGUUCUACCGUCCGAGGAUACGGUCAUCAAGGUGAGCGAGAAAAGCACCGAGAUUGUGUGCGGUGGAAAGCAGAGUCUACGGUUGAAGUUGCGCGAUCUGCUGCUACAGUGUGUGCAAAGUUUUUAA